CGAGAAUCAGUUGAUCGGUGACUGAGUUUUACGCCUGAAGUUGGUCCAAAACCGUCAUGUAAUGAAAUUUCCCGUUUAUCAUUUCUGAAACACUGUUGUGUUGGAAGCAGUAACUUCAAAGGUGAAGACUUUUUGAUCUCUUUUAACGGAUUGAGAUCUACGACGUUGUGUAAUUGAAGUUUAGGUCGCUCGCUCAGCUUUUAGUUCUGAACUCAUGUUUGAACUUUGUAGCUAGAGAGACGAGACAAGAAGCAGUCAUGGUGUUGGUGUCUAAUUCUAGCCAUCAAAACAAGGAAAUUCAUAUCAGAAGGAGAAUCUCUGAGAUAUACAAUAAAAGGGAAGAGGAUUUUCCAUCACUUAAGGACUACAAUGACUACUUGGAAGAAGUGGAGUGCAUGGUAUUCGAUCUGGUAGAUGGAAUCAAUGUUGAGGCCAUUGAAGAGAAGAUAAAGAAGUACUCUCAAGAGAAUGCUGAACAGAUUAUGAUCAACCGAGCCCGCAAGGCUGAGGAUUUAACUGCAGCCCUGGCGGCGUGCAAGGCUCAACAACCACAAACUGAUGCUGACACGUCUACAAACAAUGGGACUACGUCUGGAACUGCAUACAGUCAGGCUCCAAGACCAACGGGAAUGGGACCACAACCUGUACCUAUAGGAGGAGGAGGAGGAGCAGAUCAUCAACGUUACUCAAUGGAAGACGAAGCGAUGAUGAGGCUCAAAGCAGAGAGAGCUACACGGGCUGGAGGAUUUUCUUUAGAGAUAAGCAAGAAGAGGGCUUUGGAAGAAGCAUUUGCAAGCAUUUGGGUUUGAUUCCUCGAGAGAGAGAGAGAGAGACUUUACUUUUAUCUUCAUUACAGUGACAGGAAGUCGUAACUGGCUGUUUAGCUAUGAGUAGAGUAUGGAAGUAACUAGACUCUCCAUUAUUGUCACAGUUUCUGGUGUGGUGUUUGUUUUCUUUUUGUAUAGUUGUCAAACUCGGCUACAGCCAAUCAACAUAUAACUGAAGUUUUGAACCA